AUGAAACUAUCAACUCCAAGAUAUACGUUCUGCUUAAUAAGUCAACUAGUAUUUAUGUUUUGCGAUCUAAUAUUUAAUUGCGUUAGUUUAUUUCCAAAAACCCGGGAUGGUUUGUUGGUAUUAUUUAUAUUUCAAGACUUAUUUCUCAUAUUGUCGAUUACAAUGAUGUUGAUGACUUUCUUCUCGACUUAUUUGUUUCAAGCUGGGUUAGUUGAAGUUUUAAUUCGCAAGUUCCGCGCCGCCGGUUCAGUUAUAGUGUCAUAUCUGGUUGCUAGUGUGUUACUCCACACAGCAUGGUUGAUGCAGAAGUGGUCUGACCCUGAAUCCGUAUCAACUCCAUUCCUUAUUGUUUUAUUUACAUUCCAGAGAUGUUUGUCUCCGUGGUAUUACUUUUUCUACAAACGAGCGGCCCUGAGAGUUAGUGAUCCUCGAUUUUAUGAAGAUAUUGACUGGAUCAGUCAACAGUUGCAGCCUCAUCAUUAA